UAAGCGCAGAGAAAACCCUUUAUUCAAGGUGAUCUUCGACAAUGGCGAAGAAUGUACACUUUCUUCUGUUCCUCGUCUCUCUCGUUUCUGUAAAAACAAUGGUUUACGCUCGUCCUCAACCCACCUCUAGUUUGAUAGACAUUAAUCUUAGCGUUGCUCCGUCUGCUGCUGCGGUUGCUACCGGUGGUGGUUGGAAGUGGUCUACCAUGGCAGAAUUAGUUGGUGGUGUGUUCGUGGUGUUUUUGAUGUGUUUAGUAGGUGUUUGUGUGUACCAACUUAAACGUAAGUGUUCUACGUUGAUUCAUCCCUCCCAUUCGGAUUCAUGUAAAGAACUUAAGAUUAAGAUCGAUGGUUUUGGUGGACUCGAUGAAACCUUAACCCAUGAGGGCAAUAUGGUAAUUUCAAUCCACGAUUUGAAAAAGGCCACCAACAACUUCAGCCAAGAUAAUAUACUUGGUAGAGGAGGCUCCGCCACUGUUUACAAGGGAGACUUAAAAGAUGGAACAAAGGUUGCGGUUAAGCGGACCGAAUGGAUUGAUAAGGGUGGUCUUGAUGGGUUUAAAUCCGAGGUUUCUGUUCUGACCAAGGUUAGACAUCGCCAUCUGGUGGCGCUUCGAGCCUACUCUUUUGAUGCAAACGAGAUGCUUCUUGUGUACGAGUAUAUGCCUCAAGGGACGCUUGCUCGGUUUUUAUUUGACUGGAAAAAACAUGGUUUGAAACCGCUCGAAUGGAGACAAAGAUUGAUGAUUGCUUUAGAUGUUGCUAGAGGUGUCGAGUAUCUGCAUUGUUUAGCACAACAAAGUUUUAUUCAUAGAGAUCUUAAGCCAUGCAAUAUCCUACUUGGUGAUGAUAUGAGGGCCAAGGUUGCAGACUUUGGACUUGCUCGACCCGCACCACAUGGGGAAGAUUCGUUCGUGACACAGGUAGCCGGAACUUUUGGGUAUUUCGCUCCCGAAUAUGCAGAGAUGGGCGAGGUAUCGACCAAAAUUGACGUGUACAGUUUUGGGGUAAUCCUAAUGGUGCUGAUAACGGGCAGGAGGGCACGAGGCACAACACAGCAAGAGGAAAGUGUGCCAUUGGCGAAAUGGUUCCAGCAAAUGUACAAAGAUGAAGUUAGCUUCCGAAAGGCAAUUGAUCCGACCGUUGAUCUUGAUGAAGAAACUCUAGCCAGUGUGAGCGCAGUGGCAGAACUAGCUGCUCAUUGUUGUGCUUUUAAACCACACAAGAGGCCUAACCUGAGCCAAGUAGUCAAUGUUCUCUCGUAUCUAGCCGAGCCUUGGAACCCAUCUGAACCGGAAACCGAACUUGAAGGUCUUGACAUAGACAUUAACACUGAUAAUGACAUUGACACUGGCUCCUUUAGUUCACUAGAUGGACGAUGACCAUCUACAAG